AUGGACUUUCGUCUCUCCUGGGACAAGCACAUAGAGCACAUCGCCGAUCGCACGGCUCUCAUCAUGCAGGCGUUCGCCCAAGUAGCUAGAAGAGACUGGGGUCUGAACUCUGGAGCCCUUUCCAUCAUAUAUGAUUGCAUCUACGUCCCUAUUGUCGCUUAUGCUUGCGGCACCUGGGGCUGGGCCAUCGCCAAAGUGCACGCGAAAAGGAAAUUAGUGUCCUCUCAAAGACGGCCACUACUUCUCAUUACAAAGGCCUUCCGCACGGCCAGUAAUCACAGCCUGCAGGUGAUUGCCCGUAAACUCCCCAUCGACUUAGAUAUUCAAAGAAAGCAAAAAAUGAAACAAAUCAAAUGGGGCAAGACUAUCCAAGCUGGCUCUACGACAUUUACACAUAAUGAUAUUGAAUGGCCCCUUCCCUAUUGUGACUCAACAUUUCCAGGCAACCCUACUGUUAACAUCUCUGAGAACAUCACCACUGCAGAUAUGGACAUUUACACGGAUGGUUCUAAGCUUGACGGUGAAGUGGGCUGCAGCUUUGUUGCCUAUACAGGGUGCAUCGAGACUUACAAUCAGAAAUAUCGUCUUGACAAAAACUGCAGUGUCUUUCAAGCAGAGCUACUGGCUAUCCAGAUGGCCAUUGACUGGAUUAAUGAUAACUUCUACAAUAUAGUAGUACACAUCUAUACUGACUCGAUGUCUGCCUGCAACAUCAUCCACAGCAUGAAACCGCACCCUGUUGCAGAGAAUAUUAGAAAUAAAAUCAAUGCCUCUAGCUGCACCUUUGGUGUGUAUUGGACUAGAUCCCACCAAGGAACUCCCGGUAACGAGAGAGCAGACUCUCUCGCUAAAGCCGCUGCACUUGACCCCACCAUCAGCAUCUCUUACCGCAAGCUUAGUCGUAACACCCUUCGGACCAUUCUCUGGGAAGAAGCAGUCAACAUCUGGCAAACCACCUGGAAUCAGAACAACCACUGCAUCACUCACAACUUUAUUCCGAACCUACGUGACUUCCUAAGUUUGGACUGGUAUACGCCGGAUUACCAUAUCUCUCAACUACUUACUAACCAUGGAAAAUUCGCGAGCUACCUAUACCGGUUUGCUCACAGAACUUCCAAUCAUUGCCCUACAUGUCUCGUUGAAGAUGGCACCAAGCACUACCUUUACGAUUGUGUUAUGAUGGACAGUGAGAGAACUGAACUCCGUCUGUUACUUUAUGAGAUUGGCAUUGAAUGGCCAUGCCAGCCUAAAGACAUUUGGACUAACCGUGAAAUCUUCUCCUCUUUCAAAAGACUCACUAGGAAAAUAACCCAUGUCACGCACCAAAUUAUCAACUGCUAA